GCAGCGAGUUGGAUCUCCACACCAUGGGCACAGCACAGCACCGCCGGAUAACUGUCAACGUGUUGCGCGCCUAUAUUAAUAAAGACCGCAUCGCCUAUAUUAAUAAAUACCACAUGAGCCGCGGCGAGAGAAGGGAGAUCAAGAAUUGAGACGCAAAUAAAUGGAAGGACUACAGGCAUUGACAAGUUGAUUAGUUGGACCCGGUGAGCGUGCCAAAGUUCGCGCUUCAAGUGCUCAAUAUUGUCUCUCCAUGGGCUCGAUGACAUGAGGUUCCUGCCCGUCUCCCCUCCCCCCUCCUUCUCCCUCUCUUUUCUCCUACUAGUCCUCACUUUUCUCCCUCCUUCCCUCCUUUCCCGUUCACUCUCUCACUCCCCUCUGAGCUGGACUUCUCCCCAUGACCCCUGCUACCACCUGGAUGGGCGUCCGCGACACUGCCUGUCGGAAUUCAUCAAUGCCGCCUACGGUGUCCCAGUCAGUGCCGCCAACUCCCCCCGAGGACCUCCUGACCAAAAUGCUGUUAACAUCAGCUCCGUCACGGACCUCCACAACCCCUACAACCUGACCUGCUGGACAGCCCAGGUGGGAGGCACCGACGGCGGGGACUGGGUUCUCACCCUCCCCCUGGGCCGGCGCUUUGAGGUCACUUACAUCAGCCUGCAGUUCUGCCAGCAGGGGGAGCCGUCGGAUCCGGUCUCCAUCUCUUUGCUCAAGUCCAUGGAUCACGGGCGCACCUGGAGGCCCAUGCAGCAUUACUCCAGCGACUGCCCCGGGAGUUUUGGGCUCCAGGCCCAGACGGUGGCCAAGACCAGGCACCAGGAGACAGAGCCUCUGUGCUCGGAUCCCCGGCCCCUGCAGAGGCACCGGGGAGGCAUGGUUCUGGCCUUCUCCACCCUGGAUGGAAGGCCCUCCUCUCCAGACUUUGACUACAGCCCCACCCUGCAGGACUGGGUGACGGCCACGGACAUACGGGUAGUCUUCCACCAGGUGACCCAGCCCCAGCAGACUAAGUUGGGAAGUUCGGAGGAUAGGGGGGUGGGUGUGGGAUUGGGAGCAGAUGCUGGGGUUCUGAGGUGGAGGGUGGGGUCGAAGAAUAAAGCUGUGGUUGGUCAGGUGAAUGGGGACAACAAUGCUUGGGGGUUUGUGGAGAAGGAGAUGAAAAAGACAGAAAAACGAGGGAGAAGCAGAGGAGAGAAAAUGGACAAAUCCUGGCGGAGGGGUCACAACAAAGGGUCGGGAGGUCAGGGAGAGGAUGGACACAAUGUGACCCGGAAGGAUUUAGAACGAGACACUCAGGCAAUGGACACCUCCAAGAGAGGGAACGGUAAAGGAAAAGGGCGUGGCCGCAAAAGGGAGGGGGGCCACCAUUGGAGUCCGUGCCAGGAAGGUGGUGUCUGUGAUUGGACAAUUGAGGGGCAGGGGAAGGACAACAAGGGGCGGGAAUUGAGGAGGAGGAGAAACAACAAUCGGAAUCUCCAGCUAGUUCCUCCCUCCCCAUUGAUCUCCGCCCCCCCUGUCCGCCCCCCCCUGGCCCUCUCCGACCUGCAGGUGGGGGGCAGGUGUAAGUGUAACGGGCAUGCCUCACGGUGUCGUCAUGAUGACGCGGACCGGGUAGUGUGUGUGUGUGAGCACCACACAGCGGGGGCAGACUGCGACGUAUGUGAGGACUUCUACUACGACAGGCCCUGGCAACGAGCCACGCCCAGUCAGCCACACCCGUGCGUCUCGUGUGAGUGUAACGGCCACUCCUCUAAGUGUCGGUUCAGCAUGGAGGUGUUCCAGCAGUCGGGCCGGCGCAGUGGGGGGGUAUGUCUGAAGUGUCGGCAUCACACAGCGGGACGCCACUGCCAGUACUGCCAGAAUGGACACACCCGUGACCACGGCAAGCUACCCAACCACCACAAGGCUUGCCAAUCGUGUCAGUGUCAUCCUAUGGGUGCUGUGGGUCGCUGGUGUAACCAGACAUCAGGACAGUGUUUGUGUCGGGAUGGGGUAACGGGUUUGAAGUGCAACCGCUGCGCCCUUGGCUACAAACAGGGACGCUCGCCCCUCCGGCCCUGCAUCCGAGUCCAGGAGGAAGCAAGCCCCACCACACCUGUGUACCAACCCCAGUACAGUGUAGAUGAGGAGUGUGUAUCGUAUUGCCAGCCAUCGCUGGUUAAAUUGAGGAUGAACCUGGAGACGUACUGUCUAAAGGACUUUGUCCUGAAGCUACAGGUCAGAGGGAUGGAACGUUCAGGCCCCUGGUGGCAGUUCUCGGUCUGGAUCCAGACCGUGUUCCGUACGGGUUCUUCCUCCCGUGUUCGCAGGGGCCCCCAGGCGCUGUGGGUUCCCGACCGCGACCUGGGCUGCGGCUGCCCCGCCCUCCAGGUGGGCCGCACCUUCCUGCUGAUUGGGGCCGAAGGGGGGAGGCGGAACUGGGGCCCCGAGGAGCGACGGCUGGUCGCCGAUAGAUCCACACUGGCUCUCCAGUGGAGGGAGCACUGGAAUCCCAAACUGAGAGGGUUCAGGGGGCAGGACAAGAGGGGCCGCUGCCCCCCAAAAUUGCCCGGGGGUGGGGACCCCCAUGGGGGCCACUCGAAGCACCAUCACUCAGAGUACACCCCACCUCACCUUGUGACAGAGAAAGAGACAGAGGUCAAGGUGCACCCACACAAACAUUCACAUUCACACACACCCUCAGACUCUGUGAAAGACAUUGAAGAGGAGGCAGAGAACUCUGUGGCGUUGGACACAAACACUCAUACACAGUCCUCAUCACACCACAGACCUGGACCUUCACAAUCCCAGGAAGAGCAACAGGAACAGACUCCAUCCACCUCCACACCCAGUCUCGUAUGUUCAACCCAGACCCCUGUCUGAAAUGUAGGAAGAGAGAGAAAGAAGUAAUGAAAUGAAGUAAUAUUGUCAAAUAGAUGGGCUAUAUCCCUUUGCAGUUCUUCUCAUAAGGAGAGGGGGGUGAGUGAUGAAUGGAGAAGGGAGAGAGGAGAGAGGGAGCAAGUGGUCUCUGUCAGACUGUGUAAGCACUGGGUGUCCAAUGUCCAGAGAAACGGAGGGGUGAUCAGUUGUUCCCGCCAUCUUUCAACUUCCAAUGAGGAGAUGAGAGGGAGCAGGUUGGUCAUCGGUUCAGAAAUCAAACAUCCAGGUGCUUGAGCUAAAAACAGAGUCAUGGAGAAAAGGACUCAAACUUUGCUAUUACAAUGUUUUUCUACUGAAUCGGCUUAGUAUUGUUGAGAGUGAAUGAACACUGUAAAAGUGAAAAUGGGUGUUUUUAUUGAAUUACAUAAAGUCAAAUGUUUUCUUGAAAAAGUAUCUGAAUCGUAUUUAUGCUUAGAAACGUUUAGGUAUAUUUAAAGGCAAGAAUAGAUCCAGGGUGCUUUGGGAUGGAUCACGAUUACAAUAAAUGUAUAGUAAACUGACAUACAUAUAUGUAUUUAUGUCAAUACAGUAUGGGCAAUAUGUGUCCCAAAGUACACACUACUACUAAUAAUAAUUGAUUCAACUUUUCAUUACUAAAAUAAUCUCAAAGCGCUUGAAAAAGCAAAACAAACAAGAAUCAAAUAAUACAGACAUAUGAUUGAGUAGGUUUGAAGGCGUCUCACCGACGCCUCGCCACCACGCCUGUCAGACUAUGACUUCUCCAUAGCCGUGGACUCUAUAACACUCUACCUCACAAAAUGACCUUUGAGAUGAAAAUAAAGGUGCUUUUCAUGUAAUAUAGUACUGUACAAAUACUGUCUACAACUGACUGUCCUACUUUGUGCUUGUCACACCACUUCGGUUGAGAGUUCCUUUCAGUGGCAGAUACACAACAUCGGGUCAAGUGACACAAACGUAUGUUCACGGAGGCACAGUUCCCAUGGGGUUGGAGCGAUGCAACCAUAGUCUAAGAAACUGACACCAACGAACUGCCAUUUAGAGGAACGUUGAGUCGCUCUAAGAUAGAAUAUGACUCUCAGAUAGAGCAUGAAUCCUACCACAGACAUUUAGAACUAGAGAUAUACAUCUAAAAAAGCAUUGGUCAAAUGUGAUGUCAUGCAUUCUGUUUUGGUCUGGAAAAUACGUAUAGCACCCCAGCCCUGAGGAAAGGGUGAGGAGGGGUGAAGAGGGGAAAGUGGUUG